UACGUAAGGAAAAUGUAUAAAUAUGUUAACUAUCAUUUAUUGAUAAUACCUAAUUCACGGAUUGAUAUUAUAUUUGAUAUUUAAUUAUCAAAUUCAAAUAUAAUUGAAAUUUUGAUAAAAAAAAAAAAAAAGAUCCAAGUACAUUAUGACAAUACAGUUACAGUGGCAGAAGAAUUUAUAUGAAAAUUAUGGUUUGGCGGAUAAUUAUACAGAUGGUUCGUUUUUGAAACAAUUACGUAAAAAUGUAAAACCAAAUAAUGUGACAUUAUUGGAAGCAAUAACUUUCGGUGCCAGCGUAUGUAUACAGUUAAAUAUUGUAAUUCUUUUUGUUAUCAUAUUUAUUUGGUUAAACAAUCAAUGGACUAGUCCUGAUAUCAUAUUUGUAUUUAGUGUAAUAUUUACAAUAUUCGGUUAUUUUGUAUAUUGUUUCAAAAGGCCAAAUAUUUUGGUUGAAUUAACAAAAUAUAUUAGAACUGUAUUGAUUUUUCUAACAUUUGGAUAUAUUUUAUCGCCUGUAUUAAAAACUUUAACUGAAACCAUUAGUACAGAUACAAUUUAUGCUAUGACAAUAUUAAUGUUUAUAGUACAUUUAAUAUUUAGUAAGUAUGGUUCUUUACAAAUUUCUUUAUCUGAUUCUUUAUCCAUAACAUCUUCAAUUUUUGGCUCCUUAAUGUUAGCAUCUAGAUUGGCAUCUCCAUUACAUGCUUUUUCUCUUCUUACUGUUUCUGUUCAAUGUUUUGUUUUAUUACCAUUUUUGACACAUAAAUUAAAUAAUAAAAUAAUAAUUUCAAUUUUUUUAACAUUGAGUACAUUAUAUUUUUUGUUAAUAGUAUCACAAAUUCUUUCUUAUGUAUUUAUUGCAAUUGUAAUAUUUUUACAUUUUAUUUGUCCUUAUUGGUAUGUAAAAUGUCAAAAAUAUAAAGAUAACAUUUACGGACCAUGGGAUGAAGCUGUUAUCACUUCUUAAAAAAUAUUUAAUCUAUUUCUAUUCAUUCAUUAUAAUAUAUAUAAUUGUAAUUUAAAGAAAAUAGAUAUAUCAUAAAUAUCUGGAUAUUUAAUUUAUUAUUA